UGAGGCAUCCGAGGCGUCGCAGGCUGCUUAACAAACUGCAUUUAAUUAGCUCGACCACAUCCUGUCCGCUGAAUGAAACGCUCGAGGAACCAACUGGAGAGCCAUCUCCUAAAAGACCAAGAGGAAGACCUAAAGGAAGCAAAAACAAGAGUCCCUCUAAAGCAGCUCAGAAGAAAGCAGAAGCCACUGGAGAAAAACGACCCAGAGGCCGGCCCAGAAAAUGGCAUGAACUUGAGUAAAUCCCUGUGCAGCAUCCAGAGGAAAGGUGGCAGCCAAGGCCUUUUGUGCAAGCCUCAACAAGUGGUUCAAAAGAAGCCUGCUCAGGAAGAGACUGAAGAAACUGAAGAGACAUCCUCACAAGAAUCUGCAGAGGAAGACUAGAAAACCACACCAUUCAAUUUCUACCUCAUCAGCAGUUGGGUCUUUUGAAGGGAGAAGACGCUGCCUUGACCACUUAUUUUCUAUUGCCAUGGUCUUUCCACUUUUGCCUGGGCAGAGGGGGGAGGGGGACGGAAAUCACAUAACCUUAAAAAGGACUUUAUUAAUCGCCUUUGUAAUCCCUUCACAUUCCCAGGUUUAGUGAAAAACUGCUGUAACACAAGGGGACACAGAUUAAUGAUGCAACUUUUAAUUACUGUUUUCAUUUUUCUUAACCUACUAAUAGUUUGUUUGAGCUGCUAAGUGAGGGUGUAUGGGUCAAGAAGAGCUUUGAAUCAGGUUAAGUCAUUCACUGCACUGCAUACAAACAAGAAACUUGUAAAAUAUUAAUUAUAAUGGGCAUUGGAAUAGGAAAGGUUUUGUGUGUAACACAUUAGGCCUUACAUCACCUCCAAGGACCCACUCCCUAGCUUAGUAACCUCCCUGUUUAGGACACCAAAGAUAAGGGAUAGAUACUACUCUUUUUAUAACCUUCUUGUAGACUUGUACUUGAUUUUUUUAGACUUACUGUUAUUUCAGGAAAAAUUAAAAGCUGAUAUUUCACUUAAUUCAGCUGAUAAGCAAAUGAAAAAAUCAACAAGAAAAAGGUACUUUCAUUUUGCAAAAGGGAAGAAAGACAAAGAUAUGUUGUAUAUAUACAAAUACAAACAUAUCGUCAGAAAUAGUACUAAACAAAAUUCCCAGCCCUCAUCUUCAGGAAAGUAGGAAUUCAGGUAGAGUUGGCUUUCCACAGAGCCAGAUAUUGUUUAGAAAAUAGAGGUGACUGACACCAAUAUAUUCUUAAGCCAUGUAAAGACAUAGUUUUAUUAACUAAAGUGUUUAAAACAAGUAAUAGAAAGGUACCUCAAAUGAAUUGUGAACUUACCUGAACAAAUCAAAAAUAACCCAGGUGUUGGUUUAGCUUUAGCUAAUUCCACCUACCGUAUAUCAGUCUAUCAAAGGGAAUGAAUCUCUUCUCAUCACUCAUCAGUCUUGAUGUAAGAACCAACACCAUGUACCUCAAGUGAGUUUAUAUAUUACUUUAAGUAAUAUACUUUGACAUAGGAUGGUUCACUGGGCAGUUUUAACCCCAGUGACAUUUCUCCAUGUUUUCACUCAAAACAGCACUUUUAGCAACAGAUGCAAUAUUACCCCACUAUUCAAUACUACCUCUGAUUUUUACAAUUAAGUCAACAGCCUAAUAAAUACAUGCUGCUAUACACAUACAAUGCAGGAAAAUAUUAUUGGGUAGAUAAUCAUAAAUAUCUGCAUUUUCCCUUUAUUUCUAACUUCAAUACUUAAUUGCAAUUAAGAGCAAUAUCUUUAAUGUGUUUCAGCAUGACUACAUCUUUUUUUCCUCCUUUUUAAUAUACUUAUUCCUAUUCUCUGCUAGACUUCUGUGUAAUGUACUGUUAACUUGAAUAUAUUUUUGUACUGAAUUGCUCGUAGGUUUGUAAGGAUGAUUUUCUUCAAUGACACUACAUGACAUUUAAAUAUUGCUGUCCAAGUUUGUACCUCAAAUGAAAUGUUUAAAGAAAUGGACUAAUCAAUUGACAAAGACCUACCUCCAGACUUCAAAUGGAUUGAACUUGUUACUUUCAAGCAUUAGUUUUGAGACAUUUUAAAGUUAGGACUGCAACUAAUCCCUCAUUCAAAACUAUUUUUGUAAAAGAACUGUUGGAAAUGAACACAUUUUAAAUUACUUUCGUAUUAAAAAAAAACCGCUUCAAAGAAACUUGAAGCUUUGUAGGUGGGAAGCAACAGGCUCAGCUUUUGCAUAAUGCAAUCACAAAUAAGUGUUUUUUAAAAAAAAUUAGUGGAUUGUAAGAAAAUGCUUGACAAGUAUUUUCAUGUAUUUUACACAAAUGUGAUUUUGUAAUAUGUUUCAACCAGAUUUAUUUUAAAUGCUUCUUAUGUAGAGAUUUUUAUUCCUUCCUCUAUUUUCUUUUUCCUUCUUUCUUUCUUUCUCUCCUAGUCAGUACUUCUACUUUGUACCAUUGUAUUAUUAACUGGGCCAGGGGUAGUUUCUCAGGAAGUCUUCUAUCAGUAUGGCUUUAGUACUGAGCCAAAUGCAACUAAAGAUAACUACUUAGUGGCUUCUUCAAAGAGGUAAUUAUCAAGAAAAAUGGACCUCUUCAAAAAGACAGCAGAGGGCUCAUUGCUGAGAUUUGCUGAGAAAGAGCUGAUCAGAGUAUUAAAAUCAGUCAUGUUCAGAUCAACUAAGUUGGAAAUACUCAUAUUUUAGGGGCCAAAUCCAAUAUCCAGUGAAGUCAACAGAAGAACUUCGGUUGACUUCAAAAGGACAUUGAAUCAGGCUUUAACAAUUGAAUAAUAAACAAAAUGUUGCGGGGGAGGUUAUUUGGGAGGGCUGUUUUUAUUUUUUGUUUUGGUUUUGGGUUUUUUUAACCACAAUAUUCAAAGGAUGAAACAUAGUGGAUUAAUGUAGGUCAGACUGCAAGCUCUGAGAGAUUUACAGCUCUGAUGAAGUUAAUCAUAUAUUUUCUAUAUGUUGUAGUACAAUCAAAACACAUUACUACCUCUUAGGGCCUACUUUACCUCAUUUUUCAGACUGAAAAAAUGCAUGCGGCCAUUGAAACAGUGAGAACAUCAUAAAAUUUUUUAUAUAUAUAGUUUAUUUUUGUGGGAGAUAAAUUUUAUACGACUGUUCUUUGCUGUCAUUGGUCACUGCUAAAUAAGACUGGACAUUUAACUUUUCUGCUAUUUCUGCAAGUUGAGUAACUUUGCAGGAGAAAAGUUUCAAGAUGUUUAACUACAGUUUACUUUCUCCUUGAGUGUCUUCUUUUUUGCUUUAUUCUUCAUAUAGAGUUGCUGUCUUUGAUUGUACUUUGAAUCGCUUGCUUGUUAAAAAUGUUUCUUUAAUGGAUUAUCACAGUCUGUUCAGCACAAUAAACAUAAUAGCUUCUGUGAUCCCCA